CCCACCAGUGGAAAGACUGGUCAUUACUUUGCGGUAUUUAGCUACCGGACAGUCAUUGGCCAGUCUCCACUUUGCGUUUCUCAUUGGGAAGUCCACAGCCAGCAUGAUCAUCCGUGAAACCUGCGUGGCAAUUUGGGACGUCCUUCAUCCUGCUGUGAUGGCCCAACCACAGAAGGAGGACUGGCUGCAAAUUGCGGAUCUGUUUUUCCAAUCCUGCAAUUUCCCAAACUGUGUCGGCGCAAUAGACGGGAAGCAUAUCCGCGUUCAGAAGCCCAUAAGGAGCGGGAGUCAAUUUUUUAAUUAUAAAAAAUAUUUUUCUUUUGUUCUUUUUGCGGUGGCUGAUGCAAACUAUUGCUUCCGAUACAUUGAUGUGGGGUCCUACGGCAGCAGCUCAGACUCCGCAGUUUUCGGGCAUUCGGCCUUUGGGCAAAUGCUCACUAAUAAUGAGCUGGACCUCCCGGGGAACACCACACUGCCUGGGACCACUUUUCCCGCUAUGCCCUUCGUUUUUGUGGGGGACGAGGCCUUUGCGCUGGGGGAGCAUCUGAUGAGGCCGUACUCCAGCCGGGGACUCUCCAUUGCCAGGCGUGUAUUUAAUUACCGGCUGACAAGGGCACGCAGGGUGGUGGAGUGCGCCUUUGGGAUUUUAGCGAACAAAUGGCGCUUUCUCCAUUCGCCCAUUUAUUUCAAAUUGGAGACCGCUAUCUCGGCCGUGAAGGCAGCGUGUGCUCUGCACAAUUUUGUACGUCUACGGGAUGGGUAUAAUUUCGAAGAUUCCCUCAGCCAUUCGUUGGAGAGUCGGAAUCAGAGCGGUGUGCGUGGGACCCGGCACGGUGCAGCUGUCCGGGACCACUUCAACACAUAUUUUGUGAGCCCACAUGGGGCGUUACCAUGGCAGUUGGAAGCCAUCUAAGUUUCUGUUCAUUUAUAUUUUUUGUCAGAAAAGUGUGUUUACAUAUUAUUUGAUUUUCUAAUUUGUUUGAUUAUGACUAGGGCUAAAUGAAAAAUUUUGAAACGA